UAUAGAAUUGAGACUUGGUCCAAUCUGUUCUUCAUUCUGCCUGCACCCACUUGCCGGUGUGUGUGGUCACCCUCCACGUUUCUCAUUUGUGUUUUUUUCACUCAGACAACGCUCAGAAAAUGAGUGGGGAUCAUGCCCACGCCGAGGACCAGGUAAUGUUAAAUAUCGAAUGUGGCUCUCGAGUCAAUGACUCUUACAAGCAUAAGGACAAGUACAAAGAGAAGGAUCACAAACACAAGAAGGAGAAGGAACGAGAGAAAUCCAAGCAUGGGAACAGUGAUCACAAAGAUUCUGACAAAAAACACAGAGACAAAGAGAAGGAGAGGGUGAAGCACAAAGAUGGCAGUGCAGAUAAAUACAAGGACAAGCACAAGGAGAAGCGGAAGGAUGAGAAGAUGAAGUCCCUUGAUGGUAAAGUGAAAAAGGAAAAGGAGAACGGCUUUGCAAGCCCUCCACAUAUGAAGUCUGAGCCUGAAGAUGACUUUUACCACUCUCCUAGACAAGAGAAGACUUUAAAAAGAGAACGAGACAACGAUGACGACUUUGAUUUCAAGCCUAAGAAAAUAAAAACUGAAAAUGACAAGAAGCCCAAGAAAAGGAAACCAGAUGAGGACGUCAAACCCAACAAAAAGACAAAAACCAAAAAAGUCGCUGAUGGAAAAAAGAGAAUAAAGAAUGAGCCAGAGGAGAAGUGGAAAUGGUGGGAAGAGGAGCGAUACACAGAUGGUGUCAAAUGGAGGUUUCUGGAACACAAAGGGCCAGUGUUUGCUCCACCAUAUGAGCCUCUUCCCAGCCAUGUCAAAUUUUACUAUGAUGGCAAAGUUAUGAAGCUCAGCCCAGAAGCAGAAGAAGUGGCCACAUUCUUUGCAAAAAUGCUGGACCAUGAAUACACCACAAAGGACAUUUUCCGCAAAAACUUUUUUAAAGAUUGGAGAAAGGAAAUGACUUCAGAGGAGAAGGCAAAGCUCACAGACCUGAAGAAAUGCAACUUCGGUGAAAUGGCCGAGUACUUUAAGGCACAGUCUGAAGCCAGGAAGUCCAAGACCAAGGAGGAGAAACUGAAAAUAAAGGAGGAAAAUGAACGCAUCUUGCAACAAUAUGGCUUCUGCAUCAUGGACAACCACCGAGAGCGCAUCGCUAACUUCCGCAUUGAGCCCCCAGGCUUGUUCCGUGGUCGUGGAGACCAUCCUAAGAUGGGCAUGCUCAAACGUCGCAUCAGGCCUCAGGACAUCAUCAUCAACUGCAGCAAGGACUCCAAGUACCCGGAACCACCGCCAGGCACUAAGUGGAAAGAGGUUCGUCAUGACAACAAGGUGACUUGGCUGGUGUCAUGGACGGAAAACAUUCAAGGCUCCAUCAAGUACAUCAUGCUGAACCCCAGCUCUAGGAUCAAGGGAGAAAAGGACUGGCAGAAGUAUGAAACUGCACGUAGAUUAAAGAAAUGUGUGGACCGCAUCAGGAACCAGUACCGUGAAGACUGGAAGUCCAAGGAGAUGAGGAUUAGACAAAGGGCUGUGGCUCUCUACUUCAUCGACAAGCUGGCUUUGAGAGCAGGUAAUGAGAAGGAGGAAGGAGAGACUGCAGACACUGUGGGCUGCUGCUCCGUCAGAGUGGAGCACAUCAAACUCUAUCCAGAGAAUGAGGGUCAAGAGUUUGUGGUGGAGUUUGACUUCCUGGGUAAAGACUCCAUCCGCUACUACAACAAAGUCCCCGUUGAGAAAAGGGUUUUUAAGAAUCUUCAGUUGUUUAUGGAGAACAAGGAGCCUGAUGAUGACUUGUUUGAUCGCCUGAAUACUUCCAUUCUAAACAAGCACCUUCAGGAGCUGAUGGAUGGUCUGACCGCCAAAGUUUUCCGUACCUACAAUGCCUCGAUCACCCUGCAGCAGCAGCUGAAGGAGCUCACAAAUGGGGAUGACAACAUUCCAGCCAAGAUCCUGUCCUACAACAGGGCCAACAGGGCUGUGGCCAUCCUGUGUAACCACCAGAGGGCUCCACCCAAGACUUUUGAGAAGUCUAUGCAGAACCUGCAGACUAAGAUCGAUGCUAAAAGGGACCAGCUUUCUGACGCUAAAAGAGAACUGAAAAGCUCCAAGGCUGAUGCCAAAGUACGGAGAGACGAGAAAUCCAAAAAGACUGUGGAGACGAAGAAGAAGGCCGUUCAGAGGAUAGAGGAGCAGCUUAUGAAGCUGGAAGUGCAAGCAACUGAUCGUGAAGAGAACAAGCAGAUCGCCCUUGGCACGUCCAAGCUCAACUAUCUGGACCCUCGCAUUUCUGUGGCCUGGUGCAAGAAAUUUGGCAUUCCCGUUGAGAAAAUCUACAACAAAACCCAGCGUGAGAAGUUUGCCUGGGCCAUUGACAUGGCAGAAAAAGACUUUGAGUUUUAAUAAGUUUGUGGUUUUAACUGAUAUACAAUGUUUUUAGCUCGAUGGCAAAGAAUUUUAUAAAACCAGAGCAGAAACACAAGUGUUGGUGAGGCCAUAACGAAGUGGUAGGAGGGUAACUGUGGGUAAAUCAUCUUUUAAAACCUCUGAUCUGAGAUCAGGCAACAAGGCUGAACACCCACAGCUGAGCAAAGGCAUAGGCUUUGUCCCUGUAAUUGGAAAAAAAAAAAACCUUCACCUUUGUCUCUCCCUCCUCAGGGGCAAAAACCGACAAUGCCUGAAAUUUGAACCCUGUGGUCCUAUAGCUACUGUAUUAAGCGAAAAGAAAACGAAUGCUUUGUAUCAUUAUUUUCUUUGUUCACUUGCUCUGUAUUUUAGCCCGUCAUGUAUUAUUAAUGAAUUCUAUAUUUUGAUAGACAAAGUUGAAUCAAAUUCCUUAAAUGCACCCCACGCGCCUUUCGAGGAAAUGUGAGCUUGGCUUUUAAAGUGUGUGUGUGUCUGAGUGAGUGAGUGAGUGAGGGGCUCAACCAUGGAAGCUGUCUGUGUGGGUGAAUAUUUUAAACUGGACUAUGUUUGCCAUGAAAGAGGAUGUCUGGGCAGGCAAAGAGAGAAUACCACAACCAUGUCAAUAUUUACUUAUGUGCGCAGAAUGUGAAUAUUUUUGUUUUACAUCCUCUAUCAGGGACUUCUUUUACAGUGUAAAUGUGAACCAAUCAUAUUUGUAUUCUUUGAGUUGCAAACAUCCUCUGAAUCUCUACAUAGCCCGGUCUGCAUCUGAUUUUAACUUAAUUUAACAAUUGUUCCAUGGAAAGAAAACGUGUGUAUCUGUUACUUGAAGAUAAUGCUAUGAUAAUGUAUUUAAAAGUCACUAAAUUGAAAAGCUUGUUUCUUCCAGAAGGGUAUGUGAGGUACAUGAACUUUGCCAAAAAAAAAGAAAAACCAUCACCAAUCUGUUACAGUUUUAGGCCGUUUUUUUUUUUUUUUCCCAUCGUGUAAAGGUUGAGGAUAAACAAAUG